AUGGCUACCUCUCCCGCAGCAUCAUCACGGCGCAGCGCUGCGUCAUCGGCCGCCUCCCUCAAACGCUCCAACGACAGCCGUCACCGUCAAUCGUCAUCCUCCUUCUCCGACACCAUCCCCGUCGACACCCUCGUCAACCACCUGCUCGCUGCGAAACGUUCCCUCUCGACCAUUAGCGUCGUGUUCCGCGCCAAUGAACUGGCCACCAACGCACGCAAUGAGCACGAGGAUGCCGCCAUCCUCGCCGCCCAGUCGCGCUUCUUGCGCCGCUCCAUCCUCGACCAGACGGCCAUUCUCGCCAGGCUGAGGCGCAGCCUCCAGGCGACGUACAACUGGGGCACCAACGACUUCAAAUCCCUGAUUCAUACCAUGGAUGAGGUGGACGGCUCUCUGGGUGCCAUGAUGAGUGUGCUCAGGGCCAAGAAGGUGCAGAGCUCCCUCAGGCCGUCAGGUGAAGAGCCAAAGACCCUACUGGAUUUCGUCGACGAAGAAAGUGUACACAAGCUGCGAGAUGCCAUGAAGAAGAGCAUUGAGGAGCUGCAGGGCGUCCAACAAUCCUUUGACGGAGACCUACUACGCCUCGAUACCGAUAUUCGCAACCUCAAGACCAUCAUUUCCGAAGCUUCGAUCUCGCCGUCGGGCACCGACUCCUCCAACAAGCCUCAGGUUCCGAUGACGGAGCGAUUAGACAAUCUCGUCUCGUACUCGGCGCACAUGGCGUCAAACUUGGCUUCUUUGACGAACCACUUCGACCUGUGUGUCACCGCCAUCAGGACGACCGAGGGCGCAGCGGCUCUGGCCCGCCGGAAAGCCGCCGAGACGACACAGCCCCAAGGCCCAGAUGGCGUUUCCAUCUCCGGCGUGAUUGCUGAGCAGGAAUCCAACGUUUCCGACCUCGAGCCAAAGACCGCCCGCGAUCGUGCUGAGAUGCUCAAGGUCGUUGUGCAAGAUGCUGGCGAGGUUGACGACGUUGUCGGCGAGAUACACGAAGGCCUGAGGAUGAUGGAGCAAGAAUACGGCGACUUUCAGGAGCAGGUCGCCCAAACGAAAAAGGCAUACGAAGGCAUGAUGCAGGCGUACAUCGCCCUCGGCGAGAUUGGCGAGCGCCUGACCGACUACCUUGCGGCCGAAGAGGAUUUCAAACAAAGGUGGGAAAUGGAGAAGGAGGUUGUCUUCUCGCACCUCAAAGAGAUGCACGAACUGAAAGAGUUCUAUGGGCGCUACUCUGGUGCGUAUGAUGGCCUCGUUCUUGAGGUCGAGCGUCGUCGCAAUGUCAACGAACGGGUGGAGGCGAUCUGGCGCAAAGCCCAAGAAAACGUCAACAAGAUCAUGGAUGCCGACCAAUCCGCUCGCGACACAUUCUACACCGACGUUGGCGAGUAUCUACCCACAGACCUAUGGGAUGAUAUGCAGGGGCCUGCCAUCAAAUGGAAGGUCAUUCGCGAGCGGGCAGAUGAUGCCGCAAACAUGACGCGACAGAGUCCGACGGGAUCCGCCAGAAGCGGAUAG